AUGCCUUCGAGACAACGCUAUAUGAGCUACAGCUCUUCUGCGCUUCCGACAUUGACAGUGACGAAUGGUCACGUAGAGCUGAGUUACCAGCCUACCAAAUCCAGACCGCACUCUCAAUACAUCUCAGCUCUGGACUUCGACAAAAAUGCAUACUACAUGGAUGACUGCGCGUCCGUUGGCUCGUCACUCAGCGAUGACAUGGCAGACGAACACGAGAUCUUCGUCAACCUCAACUCAAGAGCUAUGGCUGCGAUCCCCAUGCGUCUUCAAAACAUCAUGUGCGAGAUACAACAAGAACGGUACGACAGGCUGAGGCAAGAGAAUCCAAACCUGCGUGUCAUGCCAGCCGAUUACUGGAUCAAACCCGUUGAGCCUGUUCGUAAGAAGCCAGUCCGUUACAACCGUGCUCCUACCCCAUUGUACCUUGCAAUACCACCUUUAGCCGAUAGGCGCAACGCUUUUCAGCAGACGACGAAUCAUGCAGCUCGAGGAUAUCCCACGCUUCAGAGCCUCGGACCUGGGGACCGCUACAGAUGGGCCGCACAUCCAGGGGUGGUCAAUCAUGCCUCGCGUCCAACCACAGCAUAUAGUUGUUCUCCAACUCGAAGUGCUCAACUACUUCAUGAACGAACGGCUCCGGCAAGAGAAUUCCGAGUCCUUAAUGGUUACCGUCAGCCUGUGCCACCGGAUCUAGUAUUGAAACAGAAGCUCAGAAAGCAGCACAGACGACCAUCAGUUCUGAGGUCUCUUUCCGUCACGCCCGUCGCCUCGAAUCUGCGUGAUCGUCUCAAGCGAAGCCUUUCCCGGUUGAACAAGUGGAUGAAGAACGAAGACUAG